ACCUGACAGUCAACGCGCAGGGUAAAAUACCUACACGUUCUCCAGCUAACAACACUCCGAAUCGGCAGAUUUCUUCAGUCAACCUUCAGCGCACUCGGAAUAAGUUACAAAACAGGACAAAAUGGCUCUCCGGAGAUACUUAGAUCGUUGAUUUAGGCCGGUGUUUAUAUUAGCUUAAAAUAACUUCUUAAUUUGCCCUGCCGACAGUUUGCUACUUUAGCUUACCAAGCUAAUUAGCUAGGUCUUAGCUGUCUGCUUUAGCCAGCUGUUCUAAAUAAACUGUGAAGGGCAGUUUCUUAGUGACAGCUUAGCUGUUUCUUUCCUGGUAUCAAAGCUAAAAGAGAAGAAAAGAGAUGGUGCAGCCACAGCCGGACGGCCCCAUGCAGUGGGACAUGUCUGGAGAGGACAGCGGAGGGACCCUCAGGGUCCCACCAGAGCUCGCUGGCAAUGAAGUGGUGACCAGACUGUUGGGCGACAACCAGCAGCUCCGAGAGGCUCUGCGGAGGAGCAACCAGGCUCUGCGUCAGCGCUGCGAAGAGAUGGAGGGAUGGCAGCGGCGGACCAGGGAGGAGCGGGAAUUCCUCAGCUGUCGUUUCCAGGAGGCCCGGGCGCUGGUGGAGAGGCUGGCGCAGGAGAACCACUCUUUGCAGAGCAUGGUGAACGGACCAGGCUCGUCGUCCAACCACAGCUACAGCUCGGCCCAGAUGGAGGCGUCACCGGGGCUUUCUGCCCGGAACGGCCCGCUGGAUGAGCCAAAGACUUUAGACCAGUGGGAGAGGAAAAGAGUUGAAGAAACAGAGCAGCAGACACAAACCACACCACAUCGCAGCCUGCCUGCAGAGGGUGCCAAUGAGUUCCUGCAACUGCUGAAGAGCCACAAAGAAAAAACAGAGGAAGAGAUGAGAGAAAUGAGAAGAAAAAAUGAAGAGUUAAAGAGGGAACGGGAUGAGGGAAAAGAAGUGUUAGAGCGACAGCAUCGAUGCAUUGAGCACCUGCGGGCUAAACUUUUCCAUACACAGACGAGCAGUAAUGAGGAAGCUGUUCAGCUUCGCUCAGAGGCUCAGCACACCUCUGACUGCUCUAGUCUGGCUAAACUCACAGAGCAGCUUCAGGCCACACAGGGCAGGUAUCGGGAGCUGGAGGAGAAACUGGAUUACCUGCAAAAGAGCUCCGCUCAACGGGACAGGACAGAAGCUUUGCUCAAACAAAAGGACAAGGAUUGUGCCCAGUUGGCCAAGGACUGUGAGGCUCUGAAAGCUCAGGCGACGUCGCUGCUAGGCGAACUGAACGAGAGGCAGAUCCUCCUGCAGAAGAGCGACGAUGAGCGCAAAAUGCUGGAGGAGAAGCUGGUCAGCAAGGUGAAGGCCCUGCAGGCGGCGGAGCGGGAGCUGGAGCAGCAGAGGAAGCAGCAUCAUGUGACCAACGACAAGCUGCUGCUGCAGGUGCAGAGCCUGGAGAGCGCGCUGAAGUCGGAGAGGCACGUGGUCACAGAGGAGAAAAAAAAGCUGUCACAGUUGCAGCAUGCCUACACAUGUCUGUUCAGAGACUAUGAUUCCAAACUGAAGAGUGAGGGAGGAGACCUUAGCAGCAAGCUAGAGGAGGCAGAGCGGGCGCUGGCCAUCAAGCAGGACCUGAUCGAUAAACUCAAGGAGGAGGUGGAGCAGCAGAAAGGCUCGCUGGAAACCGUCCCUGUCCUCACAGCACAGGCUGAGAUCUACAAGGCAGAUUUCCUGGCAGAGCGAGAAGCAAGAGAGAAGCUGAACCAGAAGAAGGAGGAGCUGCAGGAACAGUUCACUCAGGCUCUGGCUGAGAUCGAUCGGUUGAAGCAUGAGCUCACAGCACGUGCACGUUUGGAGCAAAUGAAGCUGAAACACAUGGAUGAUUUUCCUGCACGGCCCACUCACAUUCCCCCUCAGCAAGUGGUAGGGUUUCCUGGUGCUGGCUUCAACACCGUGCCACCGAACCGGAACCACGUUUUGGCACCGGUCAUCGAUCCUGCUGCAGCAGCAGCUGCAGAUCUGCCUGAUUUAUGCUGUCCGAAGUGCAACUACCUGGCUCCAGAUAUGGACACACUGCAGAUACAUGUCAUGGACUGUAUACAGUAAUGCAGUGGGCAAGCGUAGUUCAAUGUACCACAAUGCCAACACACACACACACACACACGUAGUAUAUUUACUGGUCAUCCAGAAAGUAUUCACAUCCCUUCGUUUUUAAAACAUGUUGCCUGUUGCAGACCAACUCUAAAACCCACCUGAGUAAGGUUUUGUUUUUUCUAUAGCUAGACAAUUUUUUUACAUUUACAAAUAAUAGUUACAUAAUAUUCACAUUCCUUCCUAUGGCAGUCAAAACUGAGAGUCUAAUUAGUGGAGAGUUUUUUCCAACAAAAUUGGAGUUCCCCUGUGCUAACUUCAGAAGACUGAACAUGAUUUGGAAUGGAACACAUUUGGCUGCAGAAACCAAGCAAUAAACUCAGAGGAAUUAUCUGUAGACCUUUGGAACUGAAUUGUGUAAAAGAAAAAAAAAAAAAAAAAAAAACAU